AAGCCGCCCGGUGCUGUACACUGGAGACCUGGUCGAUCUAAGGGAGAUACUAAUACAAAUCAAUGGCUCCCAGACACAACUACAAUAUACACAGGUUUCAGGUACUGACCAAUCACCAGGCUGAUACCUGUCCUUACAGAUUGAGCAGCUACUCUAACGUGCAGUAUGUCUAUCCAGCCACCGACUACACUCAAUGUUACUGAACCAGUGCGCAUGUCCUAGGGUUACACCACAUCACUGGAAAGCUAGCAUGCCAGUAAGAUUGUUGUUAAACUCGGAAAUGGCAGCGUCCACGUGCAGACGGAUUCCAUGUAAAAUAACAGAACUACGACUAGAUAAAGCACUAGUUUGUGGACAAUCUUUCAGAUGGAAGGAGAGGACACCUGGAGUCUGGACAGGUGUUCUGGCAGGGUAUAUGUGGAAUUUGUGGCAGUCAGACACAGAGCUGUUCUAUCAGGUGCUACCCUCCCCAGAACAUCCACACGGCACCAUCACAGCUGACAACCAUAUCAACAUAGCUAUCAAGACAGAACCGGUACAGAUCUGUGAGAACACAGAGACUGUUAGACAAGAGGAAUUUGUCAAACAACACACAAGUAAAGGAUCUAAAAUGAGAACCUUUUCAACCAAAAAGGGAAGGAAAGGGGUGAAGGUGAUUGACAAGCAGUCAGAGCAGGUCUCUACACCAACGUUAGAUUGUCAACAUGUAGAUGUAAAGGUCUCCAAGCCAAAAAUAGAACAUAAAUAUGAAGACAUGAAGGUCCAUUCACCAACAUUAGACUGUAAACAUGAAUGUUUAAAGCUUGAACUGGAUCAAAUGGAAACCAGUGAAACAUCAGCUAAACAUGAGGAAAUAUUACGGGACUAUUUCAGACUGGAUGUGAAUCUUACGGACCUGUACACUGCUUGGUCACUGUCUGACCCAGUGUUUAAACGGACAGCCAUAGAUUUUACGGGAAUUAGGAUCCUCCGACAGGAUCCAGUAGAAAAUCUCUUCUCUUUCAUCUGUUCAUCAAACAACCAUAUCUCCAGGAUCAGUGGAAUGGUGGAGCGGCUUUGUCAGACCUACGGUACAAAGGUCACUGAGUAUAAGGGAGAGUCUUACUUCAAUUUCCCAUCAGUGGAAAGUCUGUCAGGGCCAGGUGUGGAGGACAGGCUCCGUAGUCUGGGAUUUGGCUACAGGGCUAAGUACAUCAGUGUGACUGCCAAGUAUAUACAGGCGAACCACAGCGAGGAAUGGCUAAGGGGACUGAGGAAUAAACCAUACACACAAACCAAGUCUGAGUUAGUGAAGCUGUGUGGUGUGGGGGCCAAGGUGGCAGACUGUGUGUGUCUGAUGUCUAUGGACAAGUUGGAGGCUGUUCCAGUGGAUACCCACGUGUGGCAGAUAGCUGCUAGAGACUAUAUGCCCAAACUGAAACAGGCAAAGUCUCUCACAGACAAACUGUAUGGAGAGAUAGGUGACCAUUUCCGUGAGUUGUGGGGAGACAAAGCUGGCUGGGCACACACGGUUCUUUUUGCUGCAGAUUUGAAAAAGUUCAAGAACAAACCUGACACCAAGGAAAUAGAUGUGGAAACUAGCCCAAAUAAAUCCCAGGCCAAAGGUUAUAAAAGGUCAAAGUCAUCAGUGACUGGUGGAGGAAAGAGAGCAAAACAAUGGACUUGAAAUAUUGAUGUACACCUCUUGGACCAACAACAGUAUCAACCCACAAAACAAUGAAGCUAAAUUAUUGAUGUACACCUCUUAGACCAACAACAGUAUCAACCCACAAAACAUUGAAGCUAAAUUAUUGAUGUACACCUCUUGGACCAACAACAGUAUCAACCCACAAAACAAUGAAGCUAAAUUAUUGAUGUACACCUCCUGGACCAACAACAGUAUCAACCCACAAAACAAUGAAGCUAAAUUAUUGAUGUAAACCUCUUAGACCAACAACAGUAUCAACCCACAAAACAUUGAAGCUAAAUUAUUGAUGUACACCUCUUGGACCAAGAACAGUAUCAACCCACAAAACAAUGGAGUUGAAUUAUUGAUGUACACCUCUUGGACCAAUAACAGUAUCAACCCACAAAACAAUGGAGUUGAAUUAUUGAUGUACACCUCUUGGACCAACAACAGUAUCAACCCACAAAACAAUGAAGUUGAAUUAUUGACGUACAAUUAUUGUACCAGCAAUAGUAUCAACCCACAAAACAAUGAAGCUAAAUUAUUAACGUACAAUUAUUGUACCAGCAACAGUAUCAACCCACAAAACAAUGGAGUUGAAUUAUUGACGUACAAUUAUUGUACCAGCAACAGUAUCAACCCAAUAAAACGCCGUAUUUACGACAGAAUCAAGGUUGUAUCCCUAAAGACACAUUAUAUCUACAACAGUAUCAGAACUUUGAACAAUGAAGAUUGAGAAAAUAUAAUCAAACUAGAAUUUUGUUUUUGUGAACAAAAACUUUUGUCUCCCCCUUAUUAGCAAAUAGAAAAAUUCCGGUAUAAAAAUUAACGGAGGGCCAUAUCGCUUUAUAUAGUGGGGCACGAGACCCGAAUUUAGAAUUUGACACUCCUACUUACCCAAGAUACAUUAAAACUUUAGCAAGUUUGGUCAACGUAGGUGAAACUAGAACACUGACAGGUCAGUAAGGGCCCCGUCUUGUGGCAAUAUAUUCCCCAUAAUUAUCAAGACAAACUAGAACAUUUACAGGUCAGUAUGGGCCCCGUCUUGUGGCAAUAUAUUCCCCAUAAUUAUCAAGACAAACUAGAACACUGGCAGGUCAGUAAGGGC